AUGUCACCCGACAAGAAGGCCCUUGACACACAAGGCACUGUUGUCAGCCACCCUUCAUGUUUACUUCCCGCCGCUCCUGCAAGACUCAAGGGCAUCGUCAUAGUUUGCCAUGACUUUGAAUUCCACAGCACUGGCAGCAAGGAGAAACUCUUGGGAACCUGUGCUAGUGAAAUUCCUGCGGGAUGCGGCGGUGUGGUUAACGACGUGCGGGCCCUCUGCGGCCGGAACGGAGACUACCUCAAUGCAUCCUCGGAAUACGUGCUGCGGCAUGGACUCCACUAUCACUCCUGCCAAGAAUAUCAACAGGGCUACCGCCUCAUGCGCACUCCUCGCCGCAAUCGGCACACAACUAUGGAAGCUCCAGUGUGCCUCACCCAUAAAGUGCCUCGCGCCAUCCUCCGCAUCCAAGUUCUUACUUCCCACGCGGUGCGCUCGCCCUUGCAGGCCCUUCUCUAG